AUGCACCCCCCCAAGCUGAUCGCAACGUUGGCCGCCUGCGCCGUCCAGGUCCUGGCGCAACACGGCCCCCGAACGUGGCCCGAGGCCUACGACCUGGCCGAAGCCGCCUUCGCCCGGCUCUCCCAGUCCGAGAAGAUCGGCAUCGUCACCGGCAUCGGCUGGAACCAGGAACCCCUCGGGCCCUGCAUCGGCAACACCAGCCCCGCCUGGUCCAUCGGGUACCCGUCGCUCUGCCUCCACGACGGGCCCCAGGGCAUCCGCUGGGCCGACGGCGUCACCGCCUUCACGCCCGCCGUCCAGGCCGCCUCGACCUGGGACCGCCGCCUCAUCUCCGAGCGGGGCACGUUCCUGGGCGAGGAGUUCCGCGGCAAGGGCAUCCACGUCAUCCUCGGCCCCGCGCCGGGCCCGCUCGGGAAGAACCCCAACGGCGGCCGCAACUGGGAGGGCUUCAGCCCGGACCCGUACCUCCAGGGCAUCGCCACCGCCCUGACCGUCACCGCCACCCAGGACGUCGGCGUGCAGACCGCCGUGAAGCACUUCAUCGCCAACGAGCAGGAGGUCAACCGCGAGACCAUCAGCAGCAACGUCGACGACCGCUCCAUGCACGAGCUCUACCUGUGGCCGUUCGCCGACGCCAUCCACGCCGACGCCACCAGCGUCAUGUGCGCCUACAACCGCGUCAACGGCACGUACGCCUGCGAGAACGACGUCGUGCUCACGCGCCUGCUCAAGGAGGAGAUGGGCUUCCCCGGCUACGUCAUGAGCGACUGGUUCGUGGCGCAGCAGACGACCGCCGGGUCGGCCAACGCCGGCAUGGACAUGGCCACCCCGGGGUCCGACUGGGGCGGCGGCAACCAGCUCUGGGGCCCGCGCCUCCAGCAGGCCAUCGACCGCGGCGACGUCCCGCAGUCGCGCCUCGACGACAUGGUGAGGCGGAUCCUGGCCGCCUGGUACCUCGUCGGCCAGGACGAGGGCUUCCCCCCCGUCGACUUUGACGUGGACGUCCAGGCCGACCACGCCCGGAAUGUGCGCGACGUUGCGCGCGACGGCACCGUGCUGCUGAAGAACGACGACAACAUCCUGCCGCUGCGGUUCCCCGGCCGCGUCGCCGUGAUCGGGUCGUCGUCGGUCCCGAACCCCAACGGCAUCAACUCGUGCUUGGACCACGGAUGCGACCGCGGCGCUCUCGGCAUGGGCUGGGGUUCCGGCGCCGUGAUGUACCCUUACUUCGUGGCGCCGCUUCAGGCCAUCCAGGAGCAGGCGCGGGCCGACGGCUUCGAGGUCGUCAGCAGCGCCACGGACAGUGUCAACGCGGGCGCCAACGCGGCGCGGGGCGCCGACGUGGCCAUCGUGUUCAUCACGGCCAACUCGGGCGAGGCGUACAUCACGGUCGAGGGCAACCCGGGCGACCGCAUCGACCUCGACCCCUGGCACAACGGCAACGAGCUGGUCGAGGCCGUUGCCGCGGCCAACGAGAACGUCGUCGUCGUCGUGCACAGCACCGGCCCCGUCAUCCUCGAGCGCAUCCUCGCGCAGCCGAACGUCAAGGCCAUCGUCUGGGGCGGGCUGCCGUCGCAGGAGAACGGAAACGCGGCGGUCGACAUCCUCUGGGGCAAGGUCAACCCGAACGGGAAGCUGCCUUACACCAUUGCCCGGUCCAUGCAGGACUACAGCAGCACCGUCCAGUUCGAGGGGCUCCAGGAUAAUUUCGAGGAGGGGCUGUACAUCGACUACCGACACUUUGAUGCGGAGGACAUUGCGCCGCGGUACGAAUUCGGGUUUGGACUCUCCUUCACCACGUUCGGGUACUCGGACCUUCAUAUCGACGCGGAACUCGACCCCGGCCCAGCGUACGGCGACAUCAUCCCGGGCGGACGCGCAGACCUCUUCGGCGAACCGGUGAGGGUCGACGUGACCAUCACCAACACGGGCGACGUGGCAGGCGCGGAGGUUCCGCAGCUGUACCUCGGCCUGCCCGAGAGCGCGCCCCCGACGCCGCCGAAGCAGCUCAGGGGUUUCGACAAGGUGUGGCUGGCCCCCGGAGAGUCGCAGGUCGUGACUUUCGAUCUGCGGCGGAAGGACGUGAGUUACUGGGACGUCGGUCUGCAGGAGUGGGUGGUGCCGCUCGGAACCUUCCGCGUGUUCGUCGGUUCCUCGAGCCGAGACAUUCGGGCGGAGGGAGAAUUCGUCAGUGGGUGCUUUCAUGGACAGUACGCAGCCAUUCGGGCAAAGGCUUGUGACGAGAGAAAUCAAAAUCGAUCUGGGCCGAUGGUACUCUGGAGCGCCGUGACGACGUUCGGCCGGUGUGUUAAGUAUAGGGUUGGAAGCCUCCAAAACGUCAGCAACCCGGAGUUCCGGCAUAUCACAUGGGACAUUACGUACUAG